CUGGCAGGGAAAAGCAUGACCUGGUGGCCAGUGGGUGCUUCUCUGUUUGCAAGUAAUAUUGGCAGUGGACAUUUCAUCGGCCUUGCAGGGUCAGGAGCUGCAGCAGGAAUCGGGGCUAUUGCAUAUGAAUGGAAUGGUAUGCUGAUGGUGCUGCUACUUGGAUGGCUCUUCCUGCCCAUUUAUAUUGCCUCUGGUGUGACGACAAUGCCAGAAUAUUUGCAGAGGAGAUUUGGUGGGAGAAGAACACAGCUAUUUAUAGCCACCUUGUCUUUAUUUAUUUACAUCUUCACAAAGAUAUCGGUGGACAUGUAUGCUGGUGCUUUAUUUAUUCAGCUAGCCUUACAAUGGAACAUCUACCUGGCUGUGGUGCUGCUGCUGUCAGUCACUGCUCUCUACACUGUAGCAGGUGGUCUGGCUGCAGUUAUCUACACAGAUGCUGCUCAAACUGUUAUCAUGAUGGCAGGAGCUCUCACUCUUAUGGGCUUCAGCUUUGCUGAGGUAGGAGGCUGGAAUGCUCUGAUGGAGGGUUACGCCAACGCCAUACCCUCAAUCCGUGUGCCAAACUCCACUUGUGGCAUCCCUCGAGAUGAUGCCUUCCACAUAUUCAGAGACCCAGUGAACUCUGAUCUACCAUGGCCCGGGGUGCUCAUCGGCAUGUCCAUCCCCUCCAUGUGGUACUGGUGCUCUGAUCAGGUGAUUGUGCAGCGCUCGCUGGCUGCCAAAAACCUGACACAUGCAAAAGGUGGUUCCCUGCUCGCUGCAUAUCUCAAGAUUCUGCCAUUCUUUGCCAUUAUGUUGCCUGGCAUGAUCAGCAGGAUACUUUAUACAGAUGAUGUGGCGUGUGCAGAUCCUGAGUUGUGCAAACAGAUCUGUGGCAAUGCAGUAGGUUGUUCAGAUACUGCCUACGCCAGACUGGUUAUGGAGCUGCUGCCUGCAGGACUGCGAGGUCUGAUGAUGGCAGUGAUGAUUGCUGCCCUCAUGUCUUCUUUGACCUCCAUCUUUAACAGCGCCAGUACCAUUUUCACUAUGGACUUAUGGAAGACUUUCCGAACCAGUUCAUCUGAGUGGGAGCUUAUGCUUGUGGGCAGGGUGUUUGUGCUCGUGCUGGUUGUAGUGUCUGUGCUGUGGAUUCCUGUCGUCCAGGCCAGUCAGGGUGGGCAGCUCUUUAUCUACAUCCAGUCCAUCAGCACCUACCUACAGCCCCCUGUCUCCAUCAUCUUCCUCAUGGGCUGCUUCUGGAAGAGGACUAAUGAGAAGGGUGCAUUCUGGGGCCUGGCUGUUGGCCUGUUGGUGGGCUGCAUCCGCAUGUUGCUGGACUUCAUCUACCCAGCACCCCUGUGCUACGAAGAGGAUGAAAGGCCUGCAGUGUUGAAAUACGUCCAUUACCUCUACUUCUCCAUCUUGCUGUCCGUCAUCACCCUGAUUGUGGUGGUUGUAGUGAGCCUGGCCACAGAGGAACCCAAACCGGAGCAGAUUAGUCGUCUCACCUGGUUUACAAGGUUUGACCCAGUGGAGCCGAAAGAGGAACUGUUCACAGUGGACGGGAGCAUUAGGACCUCAGAGGUGGUGACCAGUCAGAUUCAUGAGAUGGGAAUUGCAGGAACAGAAGAAGAGGGCAGCAAUGGAAACGCAUGUCCCCACAGGAAAGACUCUACAUCCUCUGUAGAGUCCAGUGUGCAGAGCCAGUCCAGGCUGAUGUCUGCCCUCUACUGGCUGUGUGGGAUGGAGAGACGGAAGGAGGGAGAGAAUAAUCUUGUGACACCUCAUGUACCUGAGGAGACUAUCUGCUCUCUGAAAGAAAAGCCACGUCUAAGAAUCUUUGUCAAUGUAAACCUCAUCAUUUGCCUCACUGUAACUGUCUUUAUCAUUGGCUUCUGGGCUUGA